ACGAAACUGUAAGAAAACAAGUAUCACUCUUUUCAAAACAAAACAGUUGCGCCGCUUAGGUCGCGCUUUAUAUUACACAGAAAUGCACUUGAUUUUAACACUCGCCUUUCUUGUGGAUUUAUCCUGGGGUCUUCCAAAGGAUAUUGUAAUUCAGUUCGAGCGCAGUGUAUUGGUGAACGACACUGUCGUGGAGAAGGUGCUCGUCAACGGUGCAUCAGCCAGUUAUUUAAAGGGACAGCUUGACGAUCAACCUGUUGUCAUUAAAGAUGAAGCCUUGAGGAAGAUCGUGGAGAUUGAGCGUGCAACAGCAAUUAAUGUCACGUGCAUACGUCUGAGGGAAUGCCAGCUGCGAGAAUAUCGAGUCUUGCGACUGUCCGACCGGUUUCAGCUGAAUGGCAAAGAUUAUCUGGCUUUAGAUUCAGAAACUGGUUCUUGGACAGUGUUGGAGCCGGAUGCGAUUGGUCUCAAGCAGACAUGGGCGCUUGAAGCUGAGCGCGCGAGUCUGGAGUACACUCAUCUGAAAGAGGAAUGUGAAGAAUUAAUCAAACUCAUGAAUGACACCCAGAAUCAAGAGGGGCUUGGUGUGUUAAGAGUGAUGGCUCCAGUCUUGACCACAUUUCUCUUCAUUGGUUUUGUCUUUAUAAGCUUCCUUAUCUUCAAACGACACGGUCAACAGCCAGGAGGUGUUCUAGGUUCUAUUAUCCACUACCCAGCCCAUUAUCUUGAAGUGCCAUUGGAAGGACAGAGCCAAAAAAACAUCUUACAAGUCCCACCAGUGCUGAAAACUCCCUACUAGUGGCAUUGAAUCACAGAUGAUCAGUUACCAAAUCUGGAUUCAGUUAUGUUUCUGUAAUUAGAGGCGAUGGGUGGGAUUGAUACAAAGACAAAGGUUACCAUUCAGUCAAUUCUCUCUUUUCAUUGGAAGUCUAGACUUUUGGUGAUUUGAAAAUUCAGUAAUAAAAUCACUCCAUUGUAUAAAAGGAAAUGUUUUGUGUGAAAUGACCUUGAAAGCUUAAGUUUUAAAAUGAUCACGAUAAACAAUAUCGGAUGAACUAUGAACAUAUUUCAAAAUGUUCUUUUAUUUCAGAUGAAAUUGUGAGAUUCUACUCUGUUGUAAUAUUAUAUGUAAAUAUUAUAUAAUUAUUAGUUGAUUUUACAAUUUUAUUGGGAUGGAUUUUGAUGCCUUGCACAUGAAACAGGCACUUUGUGUCCUCUAAACAAAGUAAAAAUGUUUAGAAGCAGUCCUUGAAAGUGAUAAAUACAUAUGUGUAACAAUAAAUACACUAAUGCAUACUUUCAAUAAAUAAACAUUGUUUAAAUAAAUUUGAUGCAUAAACACUUUUUGGAAAUUACAAUUUACAUAUAUUCAUUUUAAAAUCAUUUGAAAAGUGUGUAUCUGUCCUACACCUUUUGACAGGGAGCCAUAGACGUCAAUGUUAAGGCCUAAAGGUUAUUAACCCCAACUAUUAUGCAAUGUUAUUAGAUUCACUAUUAUAAAAACACAGAACCUACUGUGUCCUACUAUAACUUGUUCUGUUGCAUCUCAGUACAUGUAGAUGGCUGAAAUAACCAAAUACAUGCAGAAAAUGUUUUCAAUGAUUCUGUGUCAUUAGUAAAAGUGAAAAAAGCCUGCUGCUUUAAUAUGAAUCUGGCAAUGA